CUCACCUGUGCGUCCAUGAUUAGUAUCCAGGUGUGGAGUGUAGCUUGUUGUUCGUGUCUGUGUUUGAAGAAACUGUGCAAUGGCCUCUCAAAUAGCAAAGGUAUUGUUGUCAUUGGAUGCUGAAGCAGUUGGCUCACUCAAAGAAGGAGUGAAUUUCAAGAAAAGCCCAGAGGAUGGCAAGUGUUACAUCAUAUUUAAGAGCAACAAUGACUUUAAAGCAUGCAAGAACCAGUGCAAGCAUCAAGGGGGGCUGUUCAUCAAAGACAUUGAAGAUCUGGAUGGCAUGACUGUUAAAUGUACCAAACACAACUGGAAAUUAAAUGUGUCAACAAUGAAAUAUGUGAACCCACCUGACAGCUUCUUGCAGGAUGAGCUUGAGGUAUCAAUGUUGGAUGAUGGGGGGCUUCAGUUGGUGGAACUGAGCCCUGUUGAUCCCUGGAUGGCUGAUCCUCGAGAACCUCUGGAGCUCCAGAAGGGAGAAGUGAAAGUGACAUACUUCACCCACGCCUGCAUGGAGCUACAGCUUGGCAAGAGAAGGUUCAUGUUUGACCCCUGGUUGAAGGGUCCUGCAUUUGCCAGGGGCUGGUGGCUUCUCCAUGAGCCUCCAGCAGACGCCCUGGACAGGCUUUGUGGUGCAGAUCUCAUCUACAUCAGCCAUAUGCACUCAGACCACCUCAGUUAUCCCACACUGAAAGUGUUGGCAGAAAGAAGGCCGGAUGUCCCGAUAUAUGUCGGUGACACAUCCAGACCAGUGUUUUGGUAUUUAAAGGAAAGCCAAGUUAAGCUGACCAAUAUUAAAGUCCUUCCCUUUGGUGUUUGGCAAAAUAUUGAUGAUCACCUGAGAUUUAUGAUCCUGAUGGAUGGUGUACAUCCUGAAAUGGACACCUGCAUCAUUGUUGACUACAAAGGUCAUAUGAUCCUCAACACUGUGGACUGCACCAGACCAAAUGGAGGCAGGCUACCACAAAAUGUGGACGUGAUGAUGACUGACUUUGCUGGAGGAGCUUCUGGAUUCCCCAUGACCUUCUAUGGAGGGAAAUACAGCGGUGAGCCCGAGUUAGAUUCUUGGAAGGCAGAGUUUAUCAAGAAUGAAAGGAAGAAGCUGCUGAAUUACAAAGCUACACUGGUGAAAUCCCUGCAGCCGAGGAUCUACUGCCCAUUCGCUGGAUACUUUGUGGAGGCUCAUCCAUCAGACAGAUACAUAAAGGAUACAAAUACCAAAAACAGUGCAGAGGACCUCAAUGCACUUAUUAAUAAGCUUGCACCGGCAAUCAAAACUUGGACACCGCAGCCAGGUGCUGUGCUGGACCUCGGCCUCGCUCUGAGAGACCCCACCGACAGGGAGGCCAUCACCAAUCCCCCAGCCAGUACAAAGAUCUACAAGGACAGCUGGGAAUUCGACUUGUAUGUGAAUGAGCUGAAGAGCGCCAUCAAGUCUGACAUAUUUAAACAUCAAGCCUGGAUCCAGUUUUAUUACACAUGGGCUGGCUUUCAAAACUACAAUCUGGUUGUGCGGGUCAUUGAAACAGAUGACAAGUUUGAAUGCAUCACUGACGGUUAUGACUAUCUGGUGGACUUUCUGGAUCUAUCAUUCCCCACAAAGAGACCCAACAGAGAGCACGCCUACUUGGAGAUUAAAAACCGGAUUGGAGUGAUGAGGUACGUGGUGCUUCAUGGCUGUCUAUGGGAUGACCUGUACAUCGGCUUUCAGAACCGCAUCAGCCGAGACCCAGACAUCUACCACCACAAGUUCUGGAAACACUUCCAAGCAGAGCUGCCGCUUUGCAAGCCCGACUGGGAACAGUUCCAAAAGCAGGUCGUCCCCAUCAGUGAGACCGGGAUGGGAAAUAACUGUGCCUUGUCAUGAAUUUGCAUUCUGGAUUUGUGAAGAUCAAGUUACUGUUUUCUGAUUUAUAUUGUGAAAACAUAACUUCUGUAUUUUUAUCUGAAUGUUUAGUUUUAUCAGUCUAGUUCAGUUUUAAACCCUUGUUUGACUAUUUCAUCUAUUUCAAAGGCACCAGGUGAGACUCAAGACCUUCUUGCUGUAAGCACCACACCACCUUCUGCUGUGCCUCUUUUGUGGUGGAAGAUUUCUUUUCUGAUGUACUGAUCACUUUAGUAAUAGUAAUAUCACUUUCUUACUAGCUGUAUGCAUGAAUGUUAUUACAAGUGGGCCUCAUGUUUAUGGCACCUUCACAGAGGGCCCUUCUGCUCGUCUGUGGAAGAGGGGAGGCAACGGUUAAGUAAAGAAUAUAGUCGUAGAUCUCUCUCUUUGAAGGUAUAGGCCUGUGAGGUGGGGUAAUAUGUAAGAGUUGUGGAAUGUCUUUGUCUGUGUGUGUGUAUAUAAGAUGUGAGGGCGGCAGCCAUCGUCAGAGAUCACCCUGGUGUUUGAACUCAAAACAAUGCAAUAAAUAAAUGUAGAUACGACCCA